AACAGAGAAAUGGAACCGCAGGAAGGAAGGAAAGGAAUACCAUCUCUGCUGUCCUCACAGGGGGAGUGCAUCGCCACCAACAUCACGCAGCUCAUUGGUUGGACACCACUGAUAGAACUGAGAAACAUCGCUGAGAAAGAUGGCAUAGGUGCUCGGCUGAUUGGGAAGAUUGAGCCAUACCAACCCCUUUCCUCUGUGAAGGACCGGAGUGCUCUCAGAUUGAUUGAAGAUGCAGAGGAGAAAGGCUUGAUCACACCUGGCAUCACAACGCUGCUGGGGGUCACGAGUGGUAAUCUCGGCAUCGGCGUGGCGUUCAUUGCUGCUCAGAAAGGAUACAAGUUCAUCGCCCUCAUGCCUGCUAAACUCUCGCUUGAUAAGCAGAUACUGAUGCGAUACCUUGGCGUAGAAGUGGUAUUAGUUGAUGCUGUACAGCAUGGAUUCAAAGCUUUACUUGAUAGGGUAGAACAGAUGAAGAAGGAUGUGGAAGAUGUGUAUGUUCUAGAUCAAUUCACCAAUCCUGCAAAUCCCGAUGCCCACUUCAGAUGGACAGGACCUGAGAUAUGGAAAGAUACAGCAGGCAAAGUGGACAUAUUUAUAGCUGCUUCAGGUUCAGGAGGCACCAUCACAGGCGUGGGGAGGUAUCUCAAGACGAAGAACCCAUCUGUAAAAUUAAUAUGCGUUGAACCAGCUGAAAGUCCAGUGAUUUCAGAUGGCGAGCCAGCCUUCCACAACAUCCUAGGAAUAGGGCCAGGUUUUGUCCCAGAAAUACUGGAUAGAUCCCAGAUAGAUGAAAUUGUAACAGUAACUACUCAAGAAGCUAUGGACAUGGCUAGAAGGUUGGCAAGGGAAGAAGGGUUGCUUGUUGGCAUAUCUUCAGGCGCAAAUGCAGCCGCCUGCUUAAAGGUUGCAUCAAGAGAGGAGAACAGGGGAAAGAUGAUUGUGACAAUGUUUUCCAGUGGUGCAGAGAGGUAUCUGAAUUCAGAGCUCUUUGCGCAGGUGAAGGAAGAGUGCGUCAACAUCAACAUGACCUUCUGAUGUUCAGCUCGAGGCAAUGACAGCUUAGGGAUGAUCCAGAAGUGUAGUCUUAUCAUAAUACCAGAUACUGUUUAAUAAUUAAGAGAUGAAACAAAACACACUAGUGUCAUAAGUACAAACCAUAUGGUUGCAGGUUACAGAGGAUAGCGGUAUUUUAUUGGGUGUUUGGUUUGAGGAAUCACCUCAAACACACUAUGGUUGAUCCAUCAAGAGCCCUCAUUUUGUACUAGCCUUACGCUUGUAUGAAGGAUGACAUGGUGAUAUAGACCAACCCAUUGCAUUCCUCGAAGUGAGUUAAGUUCAGAGCUAGAAUCUGAUGGUCCA